GUUUUGUUUUCUGUUGACAAGAUGGGGAACAUCACCUGUCACGUAAGGAUCACCAUCACCUACAGACCGUUGCUCAUCGUUCUGAGGACUUUGAGGAAGUACUGGGCCUCAGUGUACACCACAACUUUACCUAUGAUCAUCGUGCCGAUCAUCUUGGAGCUGAAGGAUAAGUUUGCGAAAUGCAUCUACACGAUCGCCCUGAUGACAGGACUAUGGUGUUUCGAUUCCAUUCCGCACACUAUGAUCUCUCUGUUACCACAAUUGAUUUUCCCGUUGAGCGGAAUAUUGGAUUCGAAAUCCACAGCCGCUUGCUACUUCAACGAGACCAAUUUGCUGAAUGUCGCGACGAUGAUCAUCGCCGUGGCCGUGGAGAACAGCGAACUGCACAAGCGGUUAGCGCUCCUCCUGAUGAUGAUCUGCAGGUGCAACGUGCAGCUGAUUCACCUCUUCCUGAUGCUCAUCGCCAUGGUAAUUUCAAUGUUCGUGUGCAAUCUGUCGACGGUGAUCGUGAUGAUGCCCGUGGUGAAGGCCAUCCUCGUGGAGCUGGACAUGAACGGCGUAACUUCUUACUUCAAGUCCGUCUACAAGAUGGAGGAGGUGCACAGCGAGUCGAGCCUCCUUCCCCAAGAUGUGUCCGUGAUCACUGAGCCUCCAUCCAAGUUGAUGGUGAAAAGUGCGUACAAAUUCUCGAACGACGUCCAAUUCGAAGAAAUCUCGCUGCUCGAUCACACGCGACCAUCGAGCAUCACCACUUGCUUCUAUUUGAGCGUCGGAUUCGCUGCGACGCUCGGAGGAAUCGGAUCCGUUACAGGUUCACCCACGAAUCACGUGCUGAUCGGUUCGUUUCCAAAAAUUAUUCUCUUCAACAACAAUAAUAUUAUUAUUAUUAUAGAUUACCUCCAGACAACAUUUCCCGAUAACCGCUUGAAUUUCGCGAAAUGGUUUCUCAUAGGAAGUCCCAUUAUGUUAACGUCGACCCUCGUCGUUGCCCUCUUCAUGCAGAUCUCGUUUUUGGGUUUGCUGAAGCCCAAGAGUUCGAAGAGUAAACGGAUGAAAUCUAACGCUAACGUAAUCGAAGCUGUACGCGUGAAAUUGCGAUCGUUGCCUUCGGUGACUUUCAAAGAGCUGAUGAGUUUCCUCGCAUUCCUUAUCGCAGCUGUGCUGAUGUUCUUCAGGAAUCCGAUCUUUGUAGAAGGAUGGAUCACAUUGUUUUCGAGAAAUUUCAUUGGUGAUUCGACUGUGGCGAUGGCUGUUGUCCUCUUCCUCUUUUCCGUGCCUGCUAUUGAGGAGACCUUGGGGUUGCUGCGGAUGGAAUCGGCUAAAACCGUGUACGAUCCACUGAUAACCUGGCAACAGGUGCAGAAGAAGUUGCUUUGGACGUCCGUCUUCGUGAUCGGAUGCAGCUACGCCAUCGCCGAAGCCGUUUCGUAUUCGGGUCUCAGGGGAAUGAUAGCCGAAGAGAUUACCGGAUAUUUGGAGGAUCACGAUGGGAGAACGUUCAACGUCUGCUUCGUCGUCACGCUCAUCCUCACGAUCUUCAUCGACGGCGCGCCCGUUCUCGACAUCCUUUUGCCCAUCUUCACGACCUUGUGCAGUCGCUUCACGUGCGAUCCCAUCGAAAUAACGAUGGCGAUGACUCUGGUAUCGUCGUACUCUUUUCUGCUGCAGAUUGGAAAUCCGGUGAACGCCAUCGUCUGCGGCUACGCGAAAAUCCCGUCGCGCCACCUCCUACUCAUCGGAUCGUUCGUCACCUUCCUCGUGGCUGGAAUCACUUUGAUCAUGUUUCCAUUACUCUACCGAAUCGUACAUUCAUAACUGUUUAUUGAUAGUUAAUCGUAGUUUGAGUAGUUUCGCGCGCACUUCAAAUUAGUCCUCUUAUCAAUGCGAUUCGAACUGAUUGUUGAUAUUAUUUUUUUAUAUAUUUAUAUAAAUACUUUCUCUCUCA